CGUUGACAUCCGACUUAAAGACGGGGACUCUCAAACAAAUCGCCGCGUCUAGAACCUCGCCGCCAUUAUUGUCUUACCGUUGAUGCGAGGUCAAUGGGUUGUGCAGCGCGCACGACGCGGCUUCGGAGCGUCAACCAUAACGGCGCCUCGCCGAGCCGCAACAUCAUGUCCACCAUGUUACCCAUCCAGAGCAACCAUCCACAACUCCAGGCCUACUCCCAGACUUAAUCAACGGUCUAUCCAAAGAGCCACUCAUCUAUUUUACCCAGCUUUCAAACGCACUCUCUUCACCACCUCCCUCCCCCCCAUCCUCAUCCCCCCCACCAUCUUUCUCGGCCUCCUCCUCGGCCUCUGGACUUGGAAAUGCUUCUGGAUCGUCCUCCUGCAAGAUAAACUCCUCUACCUCUCCUGGCUCCCACCGCUCUCGCGCUCCGAGACCAUCGCCGCUUACGAACCUGAAUGCCGUCCCGUGCAAUGGACCACGCAGCAGAUCCGCAGCCUGGACGGCACGAAACUGACCGUCUGCGAGGGUCGUCUGCCCCGGCGACAGCCCCCCAAGAAGACGGUAGUCAUCUGCUACUUCCAGGGUAACGGCGGCUCCACCCCGCUGCGCUUACCGUUACUCUCCCAGACCCUGCGGGCAUUGUCCAAUGCCCCGCCAGGUUCUAGAAACCCAGAACCAGCGGUCGAGUACAUCAUCACCGCCCUCUCCUACCGCGGGUACUGGACCUCGUCCGGCCGCGCCUCGCAGCGGGGGAUCGAGCGCGACGCCCAGGCGUUCCUCGCGUGGGUGAUGCAGACCUACGCGGCGCCGGACCGAGAGGUCCGGGUCGUCCUGUGGGGUCACAGUCUGGGCUCGGCGGUUGCGACCACCGCGCUGGCGACGUAUCUCAGCAAUGGAGGUACGGUAGCAUCGACGCCUAGAAUGCCCAGUUCCGCGGACGCCACGGUAUCCUCAGCUUCACCACCCCCUAUCACAGGGCUGAUCAUGGAAGCGCCCUCCUCCAGCGUCAAGGAGAUGCUUAUCAGUCUGUAUCCGCAGAAGUGGCUGCCGUAUCGGUAUCUGUGGCCGUUUCUGUGGAACCACUGGGAUAGUGUGCUCGCGUUACGGCGGAUGGUGGCCUGGCGCGAUGGGGUUGCUGCUCCUGGGGAGACAGCGCGGGAUGGCGAAGGUAGAGAUACGUCUGACAAGAUUAGGACGACUCGAGAUGCUGAGACAGCGCCCUUGACUUACCAGGGAAGGAGAUCACUACCGCCAACUCUGCUACUCACGGCUGUGGACGACGAGGUGAUUCCUCCGGAGGCGGCGGCGCAGUUGGAGGCGGAAGCGCAGCGGUUGGGAUUUGAGAUGGUGAGGACGGACGUGCCCGGGGCGAUGCAUACAGAGGCACCGGUGCGGCCGGCGGGGAGGAGGGCGUUGGUGGAGUUUAUCCAGGCGAGGAGUUGAGGGUGCCGUGCUGCACGCUCUUCAAUCCGUAGAGAAGCCGAGACGAAGCAAUCAGCCUGUGACGUUACAUACAAUAAUGAGGUCAAACACUCAAGCCGACGGAUUUGCUUCAAAGGCAUUAGUAC